AUGACUGUCAAACGUUACGACGUCAAGUUAUAAAUAUUUAUAGGUUUUACUCGAUAAUUGAAAUCAAAAGACAAAAAAUGCUGUCAAGAGUGAAACUUAUAUUGGCUCUAACCAUCUUGGCUACUCUGGCCUGCACGGGCAAUGCCAUAAAAUGCUUUGUGUGUGAUUCUGUGUACAACCCAAAAUGCGAUGAUAAAUUUCACGCCGAUGAUUCUUUACUGUUUGAUUGCUCUCGCAUUGCUCCACCACGUUUCCUGCAGAGUUUCUUCGGCGUACGCAAUGCCACCGGAUGCAUGAAGAAGGUCGUCGAAGUUGACCCGGGGUAUCCAACAAUUGCCCGCAGCUGCUAUUUCGGUGACAUUAUCAACACUUUAGCUGGAUGCCAGGGCGAUCCCUCAUUGCCUUUCGCCAAGGAGCUGAGCUGUGACGUCUGCACCAAGGAUAAGUGCAACGGCUCCAGCUCCCUGGCCCCCAUUGCUGUUACCAUUUUGUUAUUCUUUGGCCUGGCCCGUAUGCUGGCCUAAUUCCUCUUUGCCAUUUGUUAUAUUCAUUUGUAACCAUUUGUAUCCCAAAGCUUAUUAAAUGGUAUAUUUAUUAAUAUAUAAUGAUAUAUAAUAUUUAAA